AACCAGCGUCAAAAAACUAAAAUUUGCAAUGUGAGAUGAAAAAGGAUUGCUAAAAUCUCAGGCUAAAAUUUAAAAAAAUCAACAUGGAAGAGGAAUUUGAAAAGCUGAAAAAACAGGGCAAAAACGAUGUCGAACAUCUAGUUCAAUGGAUGAAAGAUUCGAAGAUCAUAGACAACACGAAGGAAGCGGAGGAGAAGGCGCGACGCCUGUUCGACGACGCCGCCAACAAGCAAAGCGUGGAGCUGUCCAAGUUCAAGCAGGCUUUGGAGAAGCUGGCUGUGCAGCAGAGAAAGAGCGUAGAAGAUCUGGCUAAGACACUGGCGGAGCAGGGGCCCCAGAUGCUCAACAAGCUGAAGGCAGGCGCGGACGCUUUCAUGGAGGCUUUGAAGAAAUAAACUUUAAAUUGAUUGAAA